AAUAAAAUCUCAGUCCUUUCAUCCUAUUCCUAACCAAGGAGACACGAUUGAAAGGUCUGGGCACGGGAGAGAAUCGGACUGUUGUACGGAAAAUUCAGUACGUGCUCCUGCCGUCGAUAGGGCUUCGGGUUCAGUGGAAGAAGAGAUAUAAAAUUAUCUAGCCUCUUUCUCUCCCCGAAACUGUUUUUAUUUUUCAUCUGCUUGGAAAGAGACGUGAUAUGAAAACAUGGUGGAAGUAGACACGAAGGACCUUGGAUUUAAGUGGGGUAAACAGAGAGGAGUUGGAGGGAAAGAUAAAAAGGUCCGGUUUUUUCAGUCUUUCUCCUAUGGCAGCGUAGAGUAUGCUCUUUAUGAUUGCGUUUAUCUGUAUGGAGAAGGAGAAACUGAACCUUAUAUUGGUAAGCUUAUAAAAAUAUGGGAGAAUCCUGACAAGACAAAGAAAGUAAAGGUUUUGUGGUUUUUCCGCCCAUGCGAAAUUCAAUAUUAUGUUGGGGUUGAAGACACAGCCAAAGAUGAGUUGUUUUUGGCUUCAGGAGAAGGUGCAGGCCUUGCAAAUGUUAAUCCUUUGGAAGCAAUUGUUGGAAAAUGCAAUGUUGUUUGCACCUCAAAGGACAGUAGAAAUCCGCAACCUUCAGAAGAACAACUUGGGACAGCUGACUUUAUAUUUUACCGUGUCUUUGAUGUUGGGCACUGCAGAAUCCUGGAUAAGAUAGAGGAGAAAGUUGCUGGGAUUGAAGUGAAAUUUAUAUUUAAUAGAGCGGAUGUUUAGAGCCCUAUGCUGCUCUGAAGCCUGAUCCAGACAAGAAAUAGCUGGAGUAAGUGGUAAUGCUGUGUGUAGCGAGGAAUGAUGAGACGAAGCUGUGAAUUUAAGAUUCAUAAUUUGGAGUACUAGUACUGCAUUCUAAAAGCACUUGAGCAGAAUUAAAGCUCUGAUGGCAAACACAAUAUAUGUUGUAAAAAUAAGUUUUUGCAGGCAUUCUGGCACUGCGUCCUUUUAAUUUAGUGGGUAUUGUCAUGAU